AUGUCGGUUUCACUAUUGGCAACCGCUCUUUGUAACCGCCUUUGUAUCCGGGUAUAUAUACCCCAAACUUCAUCAAUGAAAGUAACUAUUCCAUCAUUUGCUCCUGCCUCUCUCAUUUUACUUUCACACGUUAUCAGCACGCCUAUGCCGAGAGCCUCGACGAAUAACUCCGAUGAAUUCGUUUCUCCGGAUACGCUGGAACAACCUUCUCCUCGUUUCUUCUUUUCGUCGACCCCGUCGUCCUCUACGACGAUCUACCCAUCAAUCAUCAACCAAUUAAAUUGGCAGUUCCUUCUCAAUCUUAGAUUCCUUUUCAUCGCAGAUGCAAAGAGUAAGAAGGCCACCAUGAGAAGAAAGCACAAAAUCCUGAGAAUUUACAAUUUCUUGCAUCUACCAUGA